AUGAAAGGGUGCGGGGAAUCCAUCAAUGAUAUGAUGAUCAUGGAGAGAAUUAUGAGAUCGUUACCACGAAAGUUUGACUAUAUAGUUAUUGCAAUAGAAGAGUCUAAAGAUCUUUCAAAGAUGAAGAUUGAAGAGCUUCAGAGUUCACUAGAAGCCCAUGAAAUGAGGAUGAUUGAUAGGAAUCCAGUCAACAACGAUGAACAGGCCUUCAAAGUGCACCAUUCAAGAAAUGAUGAGAAGAAAAAGUCAAAGAAGUGGAAAGGGAAACAUACAAAAGGGAGUUGGAAGGAUUAUAAGACUAAGGAUGAUCAGGAUGAUAAGUCUGUAUUAGUGGAGAAAGAUAGAAGAGUAGAGAAGAAUUAUCCAAAGAAGGAUAAAAGAAGUAUCGAAUGCUUCAACUGUCACAAGUAUGGACAUUUCUCAUAUGAGUGUUAUGCGGAGAAAGGGAAACAGAAGAAACAUCAAGGAAAAGAAGCGCGUGUUGCUCAGGAGGAUUCAGAUUCAGAACUGCUAACCUUGAUGGUGACUACUUCGGUUGAAAGCUCUAGUUCUUAUGCUGACUUAUGGUACCUAAACUCUGGGUGCUCAAACCAUAUGACGUGCCAUCAAGAAUGGCUAAUCAAUUUUGAUGCCAUGAAGAAGAGUAAAGUAAAGUUUGCAGAUGACAGUACUCUGAAGGUGGAGGGCAUGGGAUAUGUUUUCGAAGGAAGAAUAGCUCGCAUGCUAUGA